AUGUGGUGUGAAGCACUUGUGGGAACUUCAUCCUUGCUGAAGUUUCCAGACAAGCUGGAGCUCCAAGGUGGACUGUCCAUCUCGGCCAACAGCAGCACCACCGCAUUAAAGAGUAACGGAGGUGCGGCCCACAAGCGCAAUGUGGUGAAGAUAAGACGACAAGUUACUCGAGAAAUGCCAGAGAAGCAGAGGUACCUGCCAUACCGCUUAUCGGAGCUGGCUGAGCACGGGUCAAACCCUGCCCUGCUGAACCCCCCGCUAUACCGCUUAUCGGAGCUGGCUGAGCACGGGUCAAACCCUGCCCUGCUGAACCCCCCGCUAUACCGCUUAUCGGAGCUGGCUGAGCACGGGUCAAACCCUGCCCUGCUGAAACCCCCGCUAUACCGCUUAUCGGAGCUGGCUGAGCACGGGUCAAACCCUGCCCUGCUGAAACCCCCGCUAUACCGCUUAUCGGAGCUGGCUGAGCACGGGUCAAACCCUGCCCUGCUGAACCCCCCGCUAUACCGCUUAUCGGAGCUGGCUGAGCACGGGUCAAACCCUGCCCUGCUGAAACCCCCGCUAUACCGCUUAUCGGAGCUGGCUGAGCACGGGUCAAACCCUGCCCUGCUGAAACCCCCGCUAUACCGCUUAUCGGAGCUGGCUGAGCACGGGUCAAACCCUGCCCUGCUGAAACCCCCGCUAUACCGCUUAUCGGAGCUGGCUGAGCACGGGUCAAACCCUGCCCUGCUGAACCCCCCGCUAUACCGCUUAUCGGAGCUGGCUGAGCACGGGUCAAACCCUGCCCUGCUGAAACCCCCGCUAUACCGCUUAUCGGAGCUGGCUGAGCACGGGUCAAACCCUGCCCUGCUGAACCCCCCGCUAUACCGCUUAUCGGAGCUGGCUGAGCACGGGUCAAACCCUGCCCUGCUGAAACCCCCGCUAUACCGCUUAUCGGAGCUGGCUGAGCACGGGUCAAACCCUGCCCUGCUGAAACCCCCGCUAUACCGCUUAUCGGAGCUGGCUGAGCACCGGUCAAACCCUGCCCUGCUGAACCCCCCGCUAUACCGCUUAUCGGAGCUGGCUGAGCACGGGUCAAACCCUGCCCUGCUGAAACCCCCGCUAUACCGCUUAUCGGAGCUGGCUGAGCACGGGUCAAACCCUGCCCUGCUGAACCCCCCGCUAUACCGCUUAUCGGAGCUGGCUGAGCACGGGUCAAACCCUGCCCUGCUGAAACCCCCGCUAUACCGCUUAUCGGAGCUGGCUGAGCACGGGUCAAACCCUGCCCUGCUGAAACCCCCGCUAUACCGCUUAUCGGAGCUGGCUGAGCACCGGUCAAACCCUGCCCCUUCACGCGCGUGGUGCCCCACGCUGCAGUUCCUGAAAGCACAUUGGGUCCAAAACGCCAUCACCCUGUUUAUCCACGAGGUUUAG